AUGCAGCAAUCUGGUAAGACUACCUCUUGUGGUGAAAAGAGUAGUGGAUCUCAUAAAGAGCUUCCGUUAAAUCUGCCACACGAUGCACCACCUCUUCUCCAGUUAGACCCUGUCGCAGUCUUGGAAGGUCACACGGAUCGUGUGUGGUGUGUGUCGUGGUGUCCAACGGCAAAUGUCUUGGCGUCGUGCUCUGGCGAUGGCACAGUGCGGUUGUGGAGCUGCUCACAGCAUGCUUCGAUGAAUAAUGGCGAGUCGCAGGGUCUCCUGUGGGAGUGUAUUGGCACUCUGAAGGGUGAGCACAGUCGAACGAUUCGGCAUGUCUCCUGGAGUCCCACCGGCGAGUACAUUGCCUGUGCUUCCUUUGACCGAACGGCAACGGUGUGGAAACGGCCCUCGGACGACCCAGGGUGCUUCGAGUUCGAGCUGGAGGCUGUCCUCGACGGGCAUGAGAGUGAAGUGAAGUGUGUGAUGUGGGUGACCGAUAACACGUUAGCGACAUGCUCACGUGACCGAACAGUGUGGGUGUGGGAUCGCGUUGACGUCAAUGAAUUCGAAUGUGCAGGUGUUCUUGCGGGACAUGCGCAGGACGUAAAGGCAUGUGCAUGGAUGCUCCCCUCCGGGGGAGGUGAGAAACCGAUCCUGCUGUCAUGCUCGUAUGAUAACACCGUGAAGAUAUGGGCAGAGUCACACCGACGAGACGAUUGGUACUGCUUUCAGACGUUAGUACGUCACGAGGGAACCGUGUGGUCGAUUGCUGUGCAACCCAUCGAACAGUCAAUCGACGCACUACGUGAGGAUCGAGAGGACGAGAGGCCACGGGAGCAGCCUGACUACCAACCUUUGGUAUGCUGCUGCUCGGACGAUAAGAGCGUCUCAUUUUGGUCCCGCAAUGGGGAGGGUAAAUUCCGCACGGUGGCUUCCGCCACAGGAUUUGCGGAGCGUUCCGUCUACUCGGUGUGCUGGGCGCCUCUCAACAACAAUGCGCUUGUGGCAUGUGGCAGUGGCGACAACAAAUUGACCCUUUUGGGCCUGCACCAAUCACGGGGGUACGAUGAGGUUCAUGUUUCUGUUGUGGCAGAAGUGCCGUGCGCUCACGAAUCCGAUGUGAACAGCGUCGCGUUCUCCGCGCUCGCAAACGGAGACUUUAGUGACGAAAGUGAGGGCAAGGGCCUCCUGUUGGCCUCGGGCGGUGAUGACAACAAGGUACGCAUCUGGCGUGUGACAAAGGCGUAG